UUCGAUCAGCUCGCAAAGCGCACACACCAAAAAAUACAACAACCACCACAACAACCACAACAUCACCAUCAUUAUGGUAUCGUUCAAAGUGGUCGGACUAUUGUGCCUUGUGGCGGCAGCGUGCGCAUUGCCCGCCCAGGAGGAAGCCCGGGGUACCGGCAACGCCAUCCACACCGAGAAUGACCUCUUGGACAGCAUCUACGCCGACUGCCUGCGUAAGGACAGCAUGUCCUGUGUCAAAUACAAGCUGUUCUCCUUUGUGGACAAGAUGCUCGGACACAAGGAUACCAUCACUGUCACCGAUGGCGUGCAGAUUGUCAAGACUGAAGGCGGUGAGCCCGAAGGUGCCCCACGUGCACUCAACGCUGAUGACUCCAUUGAAUCGUUGAUCAUGGGACGUGUUGCCCGCUUCCUGGAAUCACACACCGUGAAGAUUGACCUGAAGGGAUCUGAGAUUGUCAACGCUGUCAGCAGCACAGCGCGUUCAUUCGGAGAUGUCGUUGAUUCUUUCGGAGAGGAAGAUCCAGCUACUGAGGAAGGUCGUGGAAAGAAAAAGAAGGUCCAGAAGGUUUUGGGACCAUUGAUGGCUGCCGCUGCUUUGAAAAUGGCCAUUUUGGGUAAACUUGCUCUUGCUGCCAUUGCUGUCAUCGCUGGUAAAGCCCUGCUCAUCGGUAAAAUCGCCCUGGUCUUGUCUGCUAUCAUCGGAUUGAAGAAACUCCUCGGUGGGCAAGGAAAACACGUGACCUAUGAAGUGGUCUCACACCCACAACACUCCUCUGGGCAUUCCUCAUCCCACGAGGUGGCUUUUGGAGGUAGCAGCGCAGGUGCUGGUUAUGGCGGUGAUGCCAGCGGUGGUUAUGGCGGCGGUUCCUCUGGACAUGGCGGAUGGGGCAGGUCCUUUGAUCCCCAGGAGCUCGCCUACAGGGGACACACUCAACAAUAAAGUGAUCGGCUAGUCCGUCCCCGUACCUGCCAAUUCUCAGCGAGCCUCUAGUUCCGUCCGCUCCGGUCAAUGCGGCCCGUUUAUUUAUACAUAUAUUUAUUAUUUAAUAAUAAUUGAUAAUUUAUCUCUAUGUCUAAGCCACGAUGAGAAUGAAUAAAUAAUUUUACCAAAA